CAUGUGCCAUCGAUAAAGACCCAUUUCCUUAUUAUUAUUAUUUGCACUUGGGUGAUCUUUUAGAGUCUAAAAAGUACCUUUUCUGAUGCUUCCAAGAAGGAAGACCUGAGUUCAAGUUCUACUUGGGACAAAUAUUAACUUUAUGACCACAGACAAGACACAAUUGAGUAGUCUCAGGUAGCUUUCUAACACUGUUAAGUUUAAAAAAAAAUGUUAUUAAACUACAUUGGAAAAGGGAGUCCCAUACACUGUUGUAAUUAAAGGGCCAGACCAAGAAAAUCCUCCCAAUCUCCACAUCCCACCUCCCCAGUCUUCUAGUCUUUGCCAUUUGUCAUCUCAAGCUCCUUAAUUGGCUUUUGCUAUCACAUGGGUAGACAUAAAGCUCCCAAUCCCUGGGAUAAGAAAAUAGACUCCUAACAGGGGAAGAGAGAAGAAACUCCCCUGUCAAGCUUCCUGGAGUGGGGUGAGAACUAUCCAUCUAUCUCCUUCUCUUUCUUCUCUUCCUUCUCAUCCCAUUUACCCUGGUGGAGAGCAAGGAGGUGGCCCAGAAAAGAUCAGGAUGGGCAGUGGAGCCAGUGCUGAAGACAAAGAAUUGGCCAAGAGAUCCAAGGAGCUAGAGAAGAAGCUUCAGGAGGAUGCAGACAAAGAGGCAAAGACUGUCAAGCUAUUACUGUUGGGUGCUGGGGAAUCCGGAAAGAGUACCAUCGUCAAACAGAUGAAAAUCAUCCACCAGGAUGGCUACACUGAAGAGGAGUGUUUGGAGUUCAAAUCCGUUAUCUACGGCAAUGUGCUGCAAUCCAUUCUGGCCAUCAUUCGUGCCAUGUCCACCCUGGGCAUUGACUAUGCAGAGUCAUCGUGCGUGGAUGAUGGACGACAGCUUAACAACAUAGCUGAUUCCAUGGAGGAGGGAACCAUGUCUCCUGAGCUGGUGGGCAUCAUUAAAAGACUAUGGCAGGAUGGGGGCGUGCAGGCCUGCUUUGACCGUGCUGCUGAGUACCAACUCAAUGACUCUGCCUCUUACUACCUCAAUCAGUUGGAUCGAAUCACAGCCCCAGACUACCUCCCCAAUGAGCAGGAUGUUCUUCGGUCUCGGGUCAAAACUACAGGCAUCAUUGAGACCAAGUUCUCAGUCAAAGACCUGAAUUUCAGGAUGUUUGAUGUCGGAGGGCAGAGGUCGGAGCGCAAGAAAUGGAUCCAUUGUUUCGAAGGUGUCACCUGCAUCAUUUUCUGCGGAGCCCUAAGUGCCUAUGACAUGGUGCUGGUGGAAGAUGACGAAGUGAACCGCAUGCACGAGUCUCUGCAUCUGUUCAACAGCAUAUGUAACCACAAGUUCUUUGCUGCGACUUCUAUUGUCCUAUUUCUUAACAAGAAGGACCUCUUUGAGGAAAAGAUCAAGAAGGUUCACCUCAGCAUUUGCUUUCCUGAGUAUGAUGGGAACAACUCAUAUGAGGAUGCAGGAAAUUAUAUAAAGAGCCAGUUUCUUGACCUAAACAUGCGCAAAGAUGUCAAAGAAAUCUACAGUCAUAUGACUUGUGCAACAGACACACAGAAUGUCAAAUUUGUGUUUGAUGCGGUCACAGAUAUCAUCAUCAAAGAGAACCUCAAGGAUUGUGGGCUCUUCUAGUUCUCAUCAGCAGCUACACGUCUGGAAAAAAAAAACCCAUCCCCAGCUGGACUGUUGUUUAGGAGAUUUGGAUAAUUCGAAAUGAUUGUUUGGGUAAUCAGAAAUGAUCAUUGCUUGCCUUCUCAGUGGGUGAGAGGGAGGGACUUGGAGGAACAGAAUUUGGAACUCAAAGAAAAA